AGAGAGAGAGAGAGAGAGAGAGAGGGGGAGGGAGGGAAUGAGGGGAGGAGGGAGGAGAACAAUCUUGAUUGGGUUAGGGCUGGUUAUGGUAUUGGGAAUUGCUGUGUACUUGAGGCUUUGGGUUAUCGAUUAUAGAAUUUCUUCUGACGAAGCUGAAUUGUUGAGAAGACAGUUUGAUCUUGCUAACAGAGAGGCUAUGGAGGAAUCUGCAGAGUGGAGAUUCAAAUAUGAUGAGGAGGUCAAGAAGGCUAGCAAUUGUGCUCAGGAACUAAAUGAGGCAUACAAUUUCAGUAUUUUCCAAGGCUGCUUGUGUGUCCAUAGUUGUGCCUCAAGGAUUUUAGUCUACUUUCUCGGAUUGAUCAUGCAGCAUAUGAAGCAGUCUCUAGAGAAGCCGGAGGGUACUGCUAGCAUUAACAAGAAAUUGGAAAUGCUACAAAAGGAGAAUAUUGGCUUGCUUGAACGGGUUGAGUCCUUGAAACAAGAGCUUGAAGGCGAGAAGUUGAAGUGCAAUGCACAAUAGGUAUAACUGAUGACAUGGGAAGUUCAAUAUUGCAUGGACGGUCAUAACUUGCAUGAGUCUGAUGAAUUGCCCGUUUUGGAUCAAUCGAAUUGCUUUCGAUGAUAUACUUUUAAAACAGAAUUUUUGUUGGGUCAAGUUUGCAGCUUCUUUUCAGUUAAGAGCAUAAACACCGACCUUAGAUACAGCAUGUCAUGUUUUUGUACUAUUUUUCUUCAGCUCAGAGCGGUGUGCAAGGAAUGGUAAUUGAGUUGUACUGCUUAGAGUCCA